AUGGGCAAAGACAUUGAGAAGGUGAAAGAAUAACAUGUAUUCAUUUUUUAUUAACUGAAGGCAUCUUCAAGUAAGACAAACAAAAAGGACAAAAAGGAGAAGAAGGAAAAACAUAAAAAAAAGGACAAGAAAUAGAAAAAAGAGGGUAAAAAACAAAAAUAAUAAAAGAAAAAUUAAUGGGGAAGGUAUGGCACAAUAAGGUUAUAUAAUAUCAUUAUUAAAGCAUUACAGACAUGUAUUUAAAACGUGAGGAGUUUUUGAUGUGGCUUUCUGAAGUUAAAAUGCUUAAUAUUGAAGCAAUCACUCCUUAAGAAGAAAAAAAAUUUUUUGAAGAAUAUGUUGAAUGUUAUAACACUGCAACAUUUCCAUCAAAAAAAUUUUAUAAUUUCAAGGUUUGGUUUGAGAAGGAAUAACUCAAAGGCCAUUUACAAUAAGCAGAACUUGAAAUGCUUACUUUUGAUGAUGAAAAAGAAAAAUAGUAUUCUUAUUUUUUUUAAAUUUUUAAUAGAAAGGAACAAUAAGAGUAGAAAGAAUUAAUAAAAAAGCAAAAAUUAUAAAGAGAAUAUUAACAUCUUCACGAAUUUUAGAAUAUUGUAAUAAAUUGGUUAUUUAUUAAGGCACAAGACAUGCAAAAAUAGAAACAACUUUAAGAACUCUUGAGACAUCAUUUUUAGAUGGGUAAUCAUGAGGCUGCUAUCAAAAUUUAAAAGUAACUUAAUCCUAUACAUACCAUUGAUAUGAAUCAAAUCUAAUAAUAACCUACAAUCGACUAUGACUAUGAUUAUGAAAAUUUCUGA